CGCUGGGGAGGUGCCAAAGUAGGCUAAGCUUGGAGAGAGGAAGGCAGAAGGAAGGAAUUGCAAAGAAUAGGAAGCAGGGCGGCGGGAGGGGACGGGGAAAUACCCCCGGUCGCAGGCGCUGGUGCCAACACACUUGGGUACCGCGCCAUCCCGCAGGGCCAGGAGAGGGGGGGCCGAGGGCCGUGACCUGGGAGCUCCGCAGUUGCGGGUAGAGCUCCAGGGGGGCGCGCGCAGCCUUACCUGUCCCGGUGCCCACUAAUGGCCAGCUCGGAGGUGGCGGCUGUGACGGACCAAAACUUCCUGGGUCCCCUUUCCCUCGCCCCGCCCUGGGGGCGGUGAGCGGGUGGGCGUGGGGCGCCCAGGACCGGCCGGACCUGUGGGACCCGGGGCCCUGGUUGUCUGGGGAGGCUGUCACGUCGAGACGACAGGCUCUUCCGGGGCUGGAACAGCUGUGGGCGGCAGGAUGUCUUGGCACCUGCAAACUCAUAAAUACCGCCGUCGCCCUGGUGGCCAGAGACGAGCGCGUGCAGGCAUUUGGUGCCCAGAGGCAUCUGGAUAAGCCUCCCUGUGAAGACCUCCCUCCCCAAGACGCUGCCUGAUCCACCUGCAGGCUCUGUCCUCCCAGCCCCUCCUGCAGUCCCUGAAGGAAUCUGAGCCCUCCGGACCCCUCCCCCUUCCCCUCUCGGUUCCCCUCCCUCCGUCUACCAUGUGCUGCCUUCGUCCCUGCUGGUCCUGCUGCUGUCUGCUCCUCUUUUUCUCCCUGGGAGUCCAGGGGUCCCUGAAUCCUAGUGCUGCCCCUGAGCAAGUCCACCUGUCCUACCCAGGGGAGCCGGGCUCCAUGACUGUAACCUGGACCACAUGGGUCCCAACCCCCUCUGAAGUGCAGUUUGGGCUGCAGCUCUCAGGGCCCCUGCCCUUCCGGGCUCAGGGCACCGUCAGCCCCUUUGUGGAUGGUGGCAUCCUCCGGCGGAAGCUCUACAUACACCGGGUCACACUGCAAAAGCUGCUGCCCGGGGUCCAGUACGUUUACCGCUGCGGCAGUGCUCAGGGCUGGAGCCGGCGGUUCCGAUUCCGGGCGCUGAAGAAUGGGCCGCACUGGAGCCCCCGUCUGGCUGUGUUUGGGGACCUGGGGGCUGACAAUCCCAAAGCCCUACCCCGGCUGCGCAGGGACACCCAGCAGGGCAUGUACGACGCUGUGCUCCAUGUGGGAGACUUUGCCUACAACAUGGAUGAGGACAACGCCCGCGUUGGGGACAGGUUCAUGAGGCUCAUCGAACCUGUGGCCGCCAGCCUGCCGUACAUGACGUGCCCUGGGAAUCACGAAGAACGCUACAACUUCUCCAACUACAAGGCUCGCUUCAGCAUGCCAGGGGACAACCAAGGCCUGUGGUACAGCUGGGACCUGGGCCCGGCACACAUCAUCUCCUUCUCCACCGAGGUGUAUUUCUUCCUCCAUUACGGCCACCACCUGGUGGAGAGACAGUUUCAUUGGCUGGAGAGGGACCUCCAGAAAGCCAAUAAGAACCGGGCAGCCCGGCCCUGGAUCAUUACCAUGGGUCACCGGCCCAUGUACUGUUCCAAUGCCGAUUUGGAUGACUGUACCUGGCAUGAAAGCAAGGUUCGCAAAGGCCUCCUGGGCAAAUUAUAUGGAUUGGAGGAUCUUUUCUACAAAUACGGGGUCGACCUGCAGCUGUGGGCUCACGAGCACUCGUAUGAACGUCUGUGGCCGAUUUACAACUACCAGGUAUUUAACGGCAGCCAAGAGACGCCCUACACCAACCCUCGGGGCCCCGUCCACAUCAUCACCGGAUCUGCCGGCUGUGAGGAGCGGCUGACCGCCUUCACCCUCUUCCCUCGGCCCUGGAGCGCCGUGCGCGUGAAGGAGUACGGCUACACGCGGCUGCACAUCCUCAAUGGGACCCACGUCCACAUCCAGCAGGUGUCUGACGACCAGGACGGGAAGAUUGUCGAUGACGUCUGGGUGGUGAGACCCCUGCUUGGCCGGAUGAUGUACCACUAGGGAUGGGGGACAGCUCUCAUCAGGCACCCUGGGCCUGGCUACCCUGGCUGGGGUGCCCAGGCAUAGGAGAGACAGGAUGGGCCUCAACUCCUGUACCCCCCUCAGCCCCCCAUGGGGUGGAUGCAGCCCAGAGGAGCCUGGAGCAGCUUUUCCCUCCCGGAGAGGUGGGGGUCCCAACUAGCAGCACUGGGAGAGCAGGUGCAGGGGCAGAGCGAAGCAAGACAAGUCUUGGGUGACACAGCCCUGCUGUCCUGCAUGGCACUGCCUGGGCGGCGUGCCCACAGGGCCUCAGGAAUAAAGAGGCUUAUGGCUGUGGCUCCGUGGACUCUGAACUUCUGCUGGGGAUGCCCCGCUGGGCCAUCUCUCCUGAGCAAAGGGCACGGGCAUGUCCCAGCCCCAACUCUGCAGGGUGGGCUCAGCCAUCAUGACCCUGAUCUCCAGCAGGUGGCACCAGUGACUGUCUCUUCCUGGCCGGCCCUUGGUGCCAACCAGAGGACUGGCUCCAAUGGCCCAAGGAGUGCUACCCAGCGUCCCCCUUGUGCCUCAGUUUCCCAGCUUGACCGUGACUUAUCCUGGGAGUGGGGGCGCGGGGGGAGUGUUAAGACUCCUACCUUCUAGCUGGGACAGCUGACAAGUUAGGAGCUCACGGAGCUGAUGUUUUCCUCCCUUUUUCAAUUUCUUUUCCCCUCCGUUCCCUUUCUUCUUCUCUUGUAUUCGACUGUUAUUUAUUGAGCACUUAUCAUGUGCCAGGACCCGUUCUCCAUGCUGUGAACAACACAGAGCUGCCUGCCCUCCUGGAGCCGCCGUUCUCUCCAGGGUGUGGGACAGCGAACGCAAUAAAUAAGUAAAAUACACAACAGGGUAGAUCGAGAUAAGGGCACAGAAAAGGCAGGGAGGGGGGUGGAGAGUUGGGGGGCAGUGUGCUUUUCAUGAGAAGGCUCAGGGAGACCUCGCCGAGGGUGACACUGGGUCUGAAGGGGUCUGACGGAGGAGCCACAUGAGCAGUCCAGGAGGAGGAACAGCCAGUGCAAAGGCCCUGAGGCAGAAACACACCUGCCCUGUCGGAGCAUCAGAGAGGAGGCCAGUAUAGCCGGGGGCAGAGAGAGGGAGGGCAAGAGAAGGGAUGCGGGCAGGGAGGUGACCGGGGCAGAGCGUGUGGGGUCUUGUGGAUCUCGGGGAGGACUCUGUCCUUUAUCCUGAGCAAGAUGGAGCUGAGGGAGGGCACUGAGCUGGUGAUGGGCAGGAUCUGACUCCAGGAGGUCCUAAGCAAAGACAGGGCUCUGGCCUUGGGGCUCAGGCCUCCAUGGGGAAGCCCUAAAGUUCCCAGCUCUGCAGGCUGAUGGCACAGCUGAUCCUCCAGGGCACCGUGUGGUUUCGGCUCCUCAUGUCCUAUUUGCAGCCAGCCCUCCACGCAGCGGGGCCCACGGGCCCCUGGCAAUUUCUUGAGCACAACGAGCUCUUUCUCACUGCGGAGCCAGUGCCCUGGCUCCCGACGCUCUGAAUGCCCCACCCCCACCCCAGCUCAUCCCGGGGCUGCCUCUUCUUGGCGUCAGGGCACCUCCACCUUCCCCGAUGACCCGGAUAAAAUAACCACCGUCACUCUCUGCCCCACCCUCUUUUACUUUGUUCCUGGCCCUUCGAAUUUGGCCAAUCUCUCACUGAUUGACCUGUUAUCUUGUUCAGUGUCUGCUGGAGUUCCCAUUGUGGCUCAGCGGGUUAAGAAUCUGACUCGUGUUCAUGAGGAUGUAGGUUCGAUCCCUGGCCUUGCUUAGUAGGUUAAGGAUCCAGUGUUGCCA